ACAGAGAGACUGCAAAAAGAAAGAGAACCUUCUCUUUGUUUUGCAGUUCUUCCUUUGCUCAGCAGCACUUCCAGCAGCAGCAGCUUCUCUCCACCAUCUAAACUCCCACCAAACAACCUCGCAGAAAUGAACGCCGCCGCAGCAUCAGUAGCAGCACCUGGAGGCUCCAAGGCCGCUCCUCCCAAGUUCAAGCAGAAGGAGGCCAGGCAGUUCAAGAGCAAGGCUCCUAAAGCUGGACAGAAGGGAUUUGAUGAUGUUCCAGGGAUGGAUGGCCUUGGAGGUGCUGAGGUCAUCUGCCCAUGGGAGGCAUUUGGUGACAUGGAGCUGAGUGAUCUGGCACAGUUUGGCAUCGUCUAGACCUUGUGCCAAAUGGAAACAAUUUAUUCCUGGUGGCUGCAAUCCAGCAGCUUUUUUUUGAGUUCUCCCCCUCUUUCGGGUGUGGAGAUGAGCUUAAAUUUACUCUUCCCUUGAUAAGUGGAGGAAGAAGCUCUUGGACUGCAGCCCCCUGGAAUGAUUCUGUCCUGGGCCGGUACACCUCACCAGCUGGAAGUUGUAGCAUCUCUCUGAGCUUUGUAUUUUCUCUGAUUACAUCUGACUGAGAUCUCAGGAAGCCUCUGUUGUGGGCUUGUUGUCCUGUGAAGCCCAGCACCUGUGUAAAAGUGUAACUCAUUGUACCGCUGCUUGGGUUUAAUUAAAGGGAUGAUCGGUAAACAACUGGGAACAACACAUGUAGAUUAUCUCAAAACUACAAGCAGUGUAUAUAUUUAUUUUGAAUAUCUAUCUAUCUAUCUAUCUAUCUAUCUAUCUAUCUAUC